AUCGCGCGCACUGAUGACGUUUGCCUGUGGGCCCGUCAGUUCGCCGCGCCGCGCCGCGUCGUCACCACGCACGUCGGGCGACUGUCGCUCCUCGCCGACCCAAACCGUCAACCGCAUAUAGAACUCAGCUGUGAAUAAACACAAAUAACACGUUAAAAAACAAAUGAAAACUUUUAGUGCACCAAAACAGUGAACUGGACAAUCUGUGUGUCAUCAACCAGUGUCUACAAACGUUUGAAAAAACGUAAUAUUUCUAAGCAACGCCGCGUGCUGUCCGGAGACUCAUGUGUCAGCCCCUUCAUUGAGAUUUGAAACCAGAUUUUAGCGGUAAACGGGACAAGUAAAAUGGACCGCGGAACACCGAUAGUGAUGUGCUAGUGUUGUGAAUAACGGUUAAUAACGAGUUAAUAGUGGUUGAUAGCUAUGAUGUGAGACAGUUUGUGCUUGUCAAGAUGCCGUCAGACAGUGGAUCGGCGUGGUCGCCGCCAGCGUCCAACAGUGAGAGAAGGUUGAGCAACUCGUCAGAUGGGAGCGCCGGGAGCGGAUAUUCUAAAGCUACAACAGACAGCGCAGACUUCCUGGCGACACGGCCGCACACGGCAGCCGUCAUCCCGGGCAAGCCAGCUGGCAACCCGCUGCAGUUCGUGCGCGUGGGGCCGGCUGACCUGGGCAGCAGGGCUCGGGAGCAGCUGCGGAGAGCAGAGCUCGCCAAGCGGACUGACCCUGCCCGCAUUGAGAGGCAGGAGGAUUGGCAGUCGAACCUGGACAACUGGAAGUCGUCCCGACGGAAGAGGGUGGAACACAUCAUCGAGCGCUGCGUGGAGGUGCGUCGCAUGGAGCACGAGCCGAGCCAGCCCCGAGCCAAGUCCAAGACCUUCAACGAGAUGCUGGAGGAACGGUCAGUACAUAGCGCGGGCCGCAGAAGGCGGAACCCCCUGGCACUAUACACAGAAGACGACGGUCACGACCUGAGCGACCUUGGUAUCGGCACCUCCAGCACCAAGAGUAGUCUCAGCGAAGACUGCGAUACACACAGCCUCGCUAGUGACGGUAUCGACCUGGAUAAGAACCAUUCAGAUGUCGACAACCUGUCUAACUGCGACACAAACCGCAAGCUUGGCUCCAGCGCCAACGAAUACGACACGUGCACGACUACCACCAUCAGCUCCCCUGAGCCCGAGGAGUACACAUACGAGGGAGCCAUCGAGGGCUACAAGUCCAGGAUCAUAUCACAGACAAACAGCACUAUCGUUAAAACUGUCGUCAACAACAACUUCAAAGAGAAAUCACCAGAGAAAAAUGGUGACCUCAACAGAAUCAGGACGAACGUCAGCAACAAAAUUGAGGAGAAACUUUCCUCCUUCCAAGAGAGAGCCAACGACGCGAAGAACAACAACCAACAGAAAGACCUGCCCAAAGUUGACAUCCACAAGAGGAGGGAACAGUUCGAGAGAGAAAACUCUCAAGAACCACAGACGAAUAAACCGAAAUUGCCCGAAAUUGCGAACAAAAAAUCUAUUAAGGAAAGACUGUCUAGUUUAGAAAAGUUCACAGAAGAGACGCACGUUCAAAAGUCUACAAGCGACCUGACCAAGUUACCCACUGAAGUGAAGCCACUAAAAGAGCGUCUAUCUUCACUCGAAAAAGUAAAGUCUACAGAACCUGAGAAGAUGAAGAGGCUAUCUAACGGAGACCUGACCAACACACGGUCUCUGAAGGAACGCCUAUCCAGCCUAAAAUCACAAACUUCAGAAGAAGAAACAAAGGCGACUAAAACAGAAGUCAAAGAAGUUUCCAUGAGCCUCAAAGAGCGCCUGUCUUGCCUCGACGCGGCCAAGAACAAAGACAUACCAAAAAUAUCAGUUGAGGAAGAGAUGGCACACAACAAAGAUGUUGAAAUCAAGAUUGAAGAAACUAAAGAGUCAAUGAUGGACAACUCAUUAAAGUCAAGUUUGUCCGGAAUUGAAAGCCAAAUGCAAAGUUUCUGCCGCUCUUUAGACAGUCUGGAUAUCAACGGACAAUCGUCCCCCAAUUCAUUUGACAGAGUGCAAAGCUUAGAAGACUUUGAUUGCGCUGAAAUGCAGAACAACACAGUUCCAAGUGAUAUUGAAACGGAAGACAGCGGUAUUCACACAGCUAGAGAUUCUUGCGUUCCUGCUGACGACAUAGCUGAUCUGACCCAAGUGGCGUCACCUGUCGGAGAGCCAAUGGUUGAAAUCUCUGAAUACGAGUCUUCAAACGAAGAUGGAACGGGUAUGGACGCGAAGAUUGAAGAGAUGGACAAGAUGCCCGAGCCUGUUCAACUGAUCCAAGACAUCAUAGUUGAAGAAACUGAAGAACAAGACAUAAAAACUGACGACGACAGCGCAAGCAAUUACCUUCAAGCCGUCUCUCAGCCCGAAGAACUGAGUGUCACAGAAGUUACUGAGAUACAACUCGACAAAGAUGACGAAGACACUCUUAAAAGUUUGGAAAACCAGGACACCAGUGUAAGUUUGAAUGAGCCUGUCUCCACCGGGUCGGAAAGCGACACAGUGGUGUUCGAGGGGAAAAUGACCAUACAUCUUAAUCUGAACGAAAUUUGCAACAAUAUGAACGCCGGUGCCGGGACUACUAACAAUGUUAACACAACUAACAGCAUGCCAAUGGUGUUGGACGCUCUAGAACUGGCAUUUAAGGAGCUGGAUUCAGAAGACAGCGCAGCCAUGGAUGACACUGACGAAGUACAGAAGAAAGAUGAGGAGUUCUUAAACAAGAAGGUUGACGUGACUCCUCUGUAUGAGAACAUGGAUCUGUUCUAUCAGAACCCAGCGGACUUCCCAGCUGAGAGUGCCUUCCCUCUGGAUAUGCCGUCGAAUGUUCUGGAACCGCCUAAGGAGAAACCUCCUCCACCACCCACUGAUGACAGUCCUGAGGAUGAGCUUCUUGGCAAUGGCAACUUCAAACACACGAGCUCAGCGCGUCGCAUCAAGAAAGAAAUCCGGAACAAACGCACCAGCUUCCUCGGCAUCGAAGGUCAGGACGACAGCUACCUCGACGUGGACCUCACCCUGGCUCCCAGACCUGACAUCACCUCCUUCCUACAAGAGGAGACGAAGAUUGAGAAGCUUCUUUACAAGAAGACCCUGUCACAUGAUAUGGAUGCUAAGCUGAGAGAGAGUAGGGACUCGGGAGUGGAUGUGGACAGGGGACCGUCGGCUGAGGCCUGGUACAAGGGACAUUCGUCUCCUGAUACCCCUAAUCAGCAUAGCAGACAGAAUAGUGAGCCCUACACACACGUAACAGUGACAUCAGACGAGGAAGAAACAGUAAAGAAGCAGGAAGCCUUCUCCAAUAACCUGAGCUCCAAGUUGAGCGAGCUGACCGAGGCUCCGGGAGACAAGAUCGACAACCUUGACAAGACUAUACAACAGCAACAGGCGCGAACCACUAACGAGGACUGGCCUGACGGCGCGUCUGAUGACGCUCAUACCAAGGAAGUACUCCGCUUCGAAAGAGAACUGCUCCAACUAGAACAAGAGGAACUCCGCAGACAGAGAGAAAACCUCCUUCGAGACCAGACCCGGAUCAUCCAGAAAUCCGUACAGGACAUUUCUACUAUACCUUCAUCGCCUGAGAAACCUCCAUUGACGAGACCUAAAGUCAAUCCUCAUUAUAGGCAUUCAAUGCCGAAUUUGCUGCUAAAUGAGAAUUUCCCAUCAAUUCCUCCUGCGGUUCCUGAGAGGCAGGUGGAAGAGAGAGUGGUGGAUGAGAAACGUAAGCCGUUCGUGUCAGAAGAACAUAUGCAGAGGCAUUUUGGAGUGGAGGAAAGCCGCAGGGUGUUGUAUGAGAGGAAGGAGAUCAGAGCUCAGCCAAUGAGGGUCCCACAGCCCGUCCUGCCUCCGAAACCUAAGAGUCGGGAGUCCAUUGAGAGGGAAAUUACUAUGAGGAGCAGUCGCGUGCCUUCAGCCGUGGAGUACGCGAACGUGCAGCUGAGACAGAAGCCCGUCCCUAAUGGCAACGCGAAUUACCAUCCCAUGACCAGGCAUACGCUGCAGGCUCUGAGCGCUGCACCGACGCCGAAGCUGAUCUCCAACACGGACUGGAUGCAGGCGCGGAAUAUGUCUAGAAAACCUGCUAACUACAAUUAUAAUCAACACUGGCUUAUACAGGAAGCAGAGCAGCGUCGCGUAGAAGAGCAGCGCAGUAAAGCACGAGCGGCGCAGCGACACUCCUACCACGACGCGCCCCACCCCGCGCCCCACCCGCCCCACGCACCCCCCGCGCCACUCGCGCCCCACCUGCCGCCCGCUCCACUCGCCCCGCCGCACACUCUGCAUGCCAUGCACGCGCUUAGUACCAGCCAACAGCAGCUAUCGGAGGUGAAGCGCGGCGUCCGCACGGAGCGCGAGGACAAGCUGCUGAGCGUGUCCGGCCGACGCAAGUGCUCGCACUGCGGGGACGAACUAGGUCGCGGCGCCGCCAUGAUCAUCGAGUCUCUAGGCCUGUGCUUCCACGUGUGGUGCUUCACAUGCGCGGUGUGCGGCGCGGCGCUGGGCGACGGCCGCGCGGGCGCCGACGUGCGCGUGCGGGCGCGGCGCCUGCACUGCCAGCACUGCUACUCCUCGGAUGAUGGCAGGAAGUACUCCGCCGUGUAGGGGGACAUCCUGUAUGUUAGAAAAGGGAAUAACAUCAACCUGUAUGUUAUAAGGAAGGUUCUAGUUUGGAUGGACAAGUAAAUAAGCAAAAACUUCGUUACAACAACCUGUAUCAUAGAAAGAGGAAUAACAACAACCUGUAUUUUGCAAAGGAGGUUACAGAAGGGAUGAAAAAAUCCGUCUAAGGGACACAACAACCUGUAUGUUAUAAGGAGAUUACAGUUGGUAUGGAAAAGUACAUAAGUAAGAACAUCCUUGAAUUGAAUGUACCUCUAGAAUGGUCUAUGAGAAAAUGAAUGGUGAUAUUCGUAAAGAGAAAUAAAUCUUUGAGAGAGAACUACGUAAAAGUAAUUUGUGAAUACAAAGAUUGUUCGUUAGAGUACUAGCUUGUACUAUGUAAUGGAAUGUAUCUCAUCUCUCUAUAUGGGCAGCUGGAAAUUCGAUGACAUUGGAAAAACUUGGAAAAGACUUUUGUAAAGUGUUGUCAAAAAUUACAAUGAAAUUUCAAAUCUUGUAAAUUGAGAUAGCAGUGGUUGGACAAAAAGUGAAAGAAAACUGUUUUACGUUUUAUUUUCGGUUUCGUGUAAAAUAAAGUACAUAACUGGGGCUGGUCCAAAGACUUUGAAAAAAGAGUGAGUCGACAAGUUAUUCUUAACAAUUUGAUAUUUGUUAACGAUCCACAAUUUAUUUUAUACUGUUAUUCAAAUAUAUUUGUUUUCCCAUAAAGUAUGUAAUGUACAACUAUUGUUAAACCUCUCAUCUUAAUAUAUCUCAUAUAAAUAUACUUUAACUAUGGUGGGUUAAUUUCUAUAUGACGAGUGUGCCUGAGUGAUUCAUUUUAACAUAACGUAAGAAUAAAAUGGCCAAAUAAUUAUACUUUAGUAUCGAGUGGUUGACUCUAGGACAACUAGACAGUCUCCAGACUCGUCGCGGUGAAGGAAAUUGAUAUAACCUACAUAAGUGCGAGCUCCUAUUGGCAUAGGCGUGAUAGUCACCUACCACGCUGUCUGUCAAUAUGUGUAUGCGCAACCUCCAAAACGUCUAAGCGGCUCAGCUGAGUUCUGAGUCGGCUACUGCACGCUUUUGUUUAACUUCCACAUGUUUGAACAUUUCGACAUUGUCACAGUAUUAUACGUUUGUCACAUAAUUUCGGACUAUUUUGUGCCAUGUCAUAUUUUUGUCUUGUGUUCCCAACAAGUACAUUAACAGAAACAAUAUAUUUAAGAAUACCAUUGAUUUAAUAUUUUUUUACUAAUAAACAAAAUAAUGUUUUGUGUAAUGAAAAUAAACAUUUGUAAUAUUUUGUAAAUAGUUUUUAAUUUAUACUUUAGUACGUUUUAAUGGUUAGCUUUAAUAGUUAUUAUUUUAGUUAAAAUGAAGAACAUAAUCCAUCCAAAAAUGUGUAUGAUUAAUAAAAAUAUUAUUAUCGUUUGAUUCAAUGUGAAAUGGCUUAAGUAGCGUGACUGUGAAAUCUCAAAUUUUAUACUAACAGAUCUCUUACGAUUCUCAUUAUAUAAAAUCAUGGCAGCUUCGAAACUGGCCUGAGCCCUUUAUCCUAAUAUUAUUUAAGCCAUUUCAUGUAGUGAUGUUAUGUAAAUCUAAAUAUGUUUGCGUCACUAUGUAACAGUCGUAUCUUCGCGUUGAAUAUAACUUGGAUUGCACCUACUUGUAAUUAUGUUAACUAUAUUGAUACAUAUGUACAUUCUCUAUGUGUAUAAGCUGCAAAUUGUAUAACAUUAAAUAUUUGAAUUAUACAAA